GUUUCUGAGGUUACAUCAUGACAGUGUGUGUAGGGAGGGUGCAUUUAACCAUUGACUCAGGGACUUGCAGUUAGAGCAUGCGGUGAAUGGCCAGCAGCAUUUCUGUAUUAACAGGAUGAUAAGUUUCAGAACAUCCUUGAUUAACCUGGUUGGCUUCUAUCUAAUAUUUUUUGAGGAUUACAUUGGAUGUGUGGACACUGUUCGGCAGCUGCCAAGCCCGAGUAUCAUUCAUCUGAAGGCUAUCAGUCACAAGCAAAGCCUCUCGGUGAGCUGGCUGGUUAACAGCAGCAGCUUCACGGGCGACAUUUAUGAGAUCCAGAUCAGCCGCACUGAAAACUACAGCGUCAUUUACAGUAGAAAUCUGAGUUUAAUCUCUGUGGAUUCAGAUGAAUACACAUGGACAUGGACCUCUGAUCUGCCUCUGGAGUGUGUUGAUCACUCAGUCAGAAUACGACAUUUCUAUAAUCAGUCUGUGCCGACUCCCUGGUGCGACUGGAAAACCAACCAUGGUGCCCAGGCGAAGGUUAAGACCAUGAUCUUCCCCCUCCAGCAGGUGAUGAGAGAGCACACCAGUGCCAUGUUCUGCUGUGUUCCCCCAAAAGGAGUCAAUAUUACUAGCAUGAUCUUAAACAACAACGAAUACCCUCUUAUCAGCAUCGGAGCCGGAGUCAAGGCUAUCGCUGUAGCUAACCUGACCAUCCCAACCGCAAUCAUCAAACGUCUUUCACUCUCUUGCAAUGAUGCAACAGGCAAGAUGAGUUAUGCCUGGAACUUCAUCAGUUUUCCUCCACAGAAGCCCAGAAACCUCAGCUGUACGACCUCAGACAUGACAACUGUCAUUUGCACCUGGGACUCAGGCAGAGAACGAGACCCAAACGAUCACAACAAGCAAACAUACACUGUCCGCAUAGAGAACUCAGACCAGGCUCCCAUCACCUGCCAACGGUCAUCUUGUACUUUCCCGGCCGUCCCUCAGUUGGAAGAAUACAACAUCAGUUUGGUGGUGAAGGACCAGCUGGGAGAGGAGACGGGGAGCUAUAGCUUCAACAUCUCUGACAGAGUGUUUCCUGUUGUGGAGGUGAACAAAGUGAGCCCCGGGUCAACACACACCACUGUUUCCUGGAUCGUCCUGGGGAACUUGACCCAACUGAACCUCCUCUGUCAGGUCAUUACAGACCCAGACAGCACCACUGAGCUGAGAUGCAAUAAUGCAAGUGGUCUCUGCCAAGUCAAACUGGAACAUCUGCUUCCUAACACACGCUACUCUACCAGUGUACGCUGCUCUGUCCAUGGCAGGCUCUGGGGAGACUGGACACAGCCCAUAUCCUUCAUAACCUUUCCGUCAGUGACCUUAGAUGUAUGGAGGAGAAUAAAGCAGCUGCCCGACCCGAUGAGUCGUCAAGUUACUCUAUUGUGGACUCCACAUGUUCCCGGGUCAUUAGUUACAUUGAACAUUCUAGGCUACGUAGUUCAGUGGUCGCAGGAAGGCCAAAACUGGACCGAGUGGAAGGACAGUAGACAAACCCAGGCACAGGUCUCAAUCGAUCUGGGACAGUAUGACUUCAGUGUCCAGGCUGUUCUUCACACCGGCUCCAGCAUCCCUGCUCACAUCACCAUCCCACAGGGGGACGAUGGAGAAAUCCUCCCAGUGAAGAAGCGGUUGAGCAGCAGCACAGCUGCUGGUUUUAAUCUAUCCUGGGUAGAGCAGGACUCUGCCACCUGUGGCUAUACAGUGGAGUGGUGCAUCCUGGGGGAAACAGUGCCUUGCACUCUGCAAUGGCUAAAGGUGCCAGAAGGAAACAACACAUUGUUCCUACCUGCUGAACAUUUCAAAGCAGGUUGUAGGUACACAUUUAAAAUCUAUGGAUGCACAGAAAAUGGACACCGACUACUUGAGGUACAGACUGGAUACUCACAAGAGCUAAAAUUUGUACAGUCCCCGAGUCUGGUUGAACCUUUUCAAAGUACUGUCUCCUCUGUGACGCUGGAGUGGAGUUACGAUGAGGACGAUCCGGCUCAUUCGGCAUUCAUCACUGGUUACCUGGUUACAGCACAGGCAGUAGGAUCUGGUACGCUGCCAGGUCAUCCUGCAAAUCUGUUUAACGUGUCGGUGGCAGACCCUCGGAGGAAGUCUGUGACCAUAGAGGGUCUGCAGCAGAACCAAGAGUAUGCUUUCUCUGUGAGCGCUCUCACAAAAGAGGGGCCUGGACAACCAACCAACAUCACUAUCAGGACCAGAACCAACUACUCUGCUCACCUGGCCAAGAUACUGUCUCCCAUCUUGUUAGUGCUGGGCUGCAUCAUUCUCCUGUGGCCUCAAAGAAAAAUACUGAAGAGUGUGCUGAAAGAGAUCUUUACUUAUCCUACUGGUAUGAACAUCAAAACUCCUGAGUUUGACGGCUUCCUGCAUGAGAUGGGUGAGCUGCUGCAGUCUCAGAAGGUGGAGGAGUGCAGCUGCUGUGACAUUGAGAUCCUGAAUACCAGACCUCUUCUGGAUGAAACUACAGCCCUGAGAGAUGCUGAACCCAUGAACACACUGCCCGAUCCUGGUUCCCAGCCCUCCCCUUCAGCCUUGUCCCUCUCCUGUGAGCCACUCCAAGCAGAAUACUGUCCACAGUCAGUCCCAGUGUUCUGGGACAGAACAACCCUUCAGCAAACAUGCAUUUCAAACAGUAAUUAUGUGAACACCAUGGAGGAGGAUUUGUCUGAGGCACAACAAGUCAUGAUCACUUACAUCAAAACAAGCUUGGAAUCUUCUCAGUCUUCAGGAAUCGUGUAGUGUUAUACAUGGUUGCAUCUUCAGUGAGACUUUAUAAAGUCAAAGACCAGGCCCAAACAUCUCUGUCAUAUGUUUUCAUUAGUUAAACUUUUGUAAAUAGAUGUUUUGUUUAUUAGACAUAAUGUGAAUCUGCAGCUUUCUAAUGUAAAUA